AUGGCGAAGCCAGUUUCGUAUAUAAAGACUCCGGAGGAUGAAGAUGUCACUCUUGAAAUGGUCGAGCCCUCGAUUAAGCCUAAAAGUGACGGCGACGGGGCCGUUGGAUUGUACUUUGAACGCAGUGGAUCGAAGAAGAAAAUUGAUUAUGUCCUUGUGUACGAGCGCUGCCAAGAAAAAGAGGAUGAAGAUGAAGAAUCCAGGGCCAAGUCAGAAAAGCUUGAAGAAAUGAGGAAAGCGUUUGAAACUAGCCUUGACAAAGCUGGUUUACUGGUCGAACGUGUGGAGCGCACUUGUUCUAAGGUAAGCACAACCUGA